AUGACCAAGGACGAUAUCAAAGUGUGGACUGAGCAGGAGACCGUGGCUAUGCGAGAGCGUGGUGAUAAGUUGAACAUAUACAAUGUCAACUUGGAGAAGGCUCCAUCCAUGGGUGAUAUUCGCCUUCUGCUCACGACAGAAGAAAGACAGUCACCCAAUGAGAAGGGUAGAGUCCUGGAAAGUGGAACAGUAACCUGA